GGUACCCACGAUGCUAGUUUUUACCCAUCCACAUCCUAUACUCCUUUCACCAUUAUCUUCCUACGUUAUUGGCUUCAGGCUUGCCGCCAGCGUUUGCCAAAAGGCCAUGAUCCUGAGGCCAAUCAGCCGCAAGGGUGCCACAUGCUCAUGUCUUGCCCAAACUAGUCCUCGUCUAUCCGAGUACCAGUCUCCUAGAUUCGUGUCCAGGCCGUGUGUUGAUUUCAUUCCUGACGAACCCCAACUUUUUGCACAAGGGUGACAGACAUUACUCGUGCCACAUACCUCUCGACUUUUUCCUUUCUUACCAAAUGCCCGGAUUGACGCCUCCCUACCUUGCCGUGCCCUUUUAUUGUCACCGUUCUUAUUUUGUGUCUGUGUCGUAUCCUCGCUAAAGGCAUAUGACGCCCCACCAUGUCAUUGGGUACUCUCUUAUAACGCUCUAACCUCGCUGUUACUCUGCUUCUUUAUACUGUUCCUACUUCUACCACUACAGCCGCCAAAAUGGCCGGCUCAAUACAAGCGGACUACGACGAACUUAUGCGAGCCAUGGCAAAUCGCUUCGCUGCUUCAAGACACUCUCGCCGCUCAUCACGAACGUCGCCUGUUCAGUGCACGAGGAGACAUUCUGCCAGGAUUGAGAAACCUAGAAGCCAUCAACCAAGCCCGAUCACACCAGAGAGGCGGCGAAUUAGCAACGCUCCAAGAUAUGUCUCCUCUUUGGACGAUCACUACCGACGUAUGAUGGGUCUUGAUGACGAUGACGACUACGAACAGGACGAGGUCGUCAAUCAGUAUCAGUUUUCUACCCGUCCCGUGAGUUGGCACCCAGGCUACUAUUCUUCGCACGAGAUAUCCGACAAUGGGUAUUCUUCAUUCUACUCGAAAGAACAAUCACUCGCAAGCCAAUAUCUUUCGUACCAAAACAGCCCCUUUUACCAAAACGCUGUGCAGGCGUCACGGCCAGAGUUGGCAUGGGCUCAAUACAUGCGUGGUGAUUUCAACGCGACUGCGACUCAGAACGGUGACGAUCAUAAUCCGACGUCAUGGUUCGACGGUAACGAGGCACAAGAAGACGAUCGGAUCAACUCAGCCUUGUCGAAUUCGCAGGAUAACGAGGAUCGGGAAGAAAGAUCCGAGAGGGAGCAGAGCGUUGAACUAGUUGGAUUAGGCCUGUACGACCCUCCCGGGUUCACCGUCAAGAUUGGCUCAAAGUUGGAGGAAGAAUGUGACCCGCCGGAAUUCGACGAAGACGGCAACGAGAAUGAAGAGAGUUCAGAGGAGGAAGAGGAAGAGCUGCCUAAACCCGAAGAUACAAAGGUCGCCCAAGCGGCCGUGCCCGUUGUCAACAUGUCAGGACAAAGCUUCUUCGCAGGGGCCGACGAGAACUACGAGGGCAACUGGUGGUCGGCCGGGGACAGCAAACAGCUGCAACCACAAGUCAACGAAGUUAGCUACAGUUGGGUGUGAUACGAUCUAUAUGAAAGAGAGCCAUUUUGGGAAAUUCUGUUCAAGCGUCGGCGCUGGUGGCAAAAAUUAUUUUAGUUAGACAUACCCAAGAAAUUCAGGAAGGACUAUUGUUCAUGUGCAUCAAUAUAUAUAUCUGCAGCAUACGCAUAC